AUGUUCUUCCCCUUACUUUUCUUUUUCUUUCUCUUUCAAGUCAUCACCUUUUCCUUUCUUCUUUCAAUUAUUUCUUGUUCCCCACUUUUCUUUUCCUUUAAAUUUUUUGUUCUUUUUCUUUUUAUUUAUUCUUUCCCUUUCUUCUUCUUCUUCUUCUUCUUCUUCUUCUUUUCCUUUCCGUUUCUUUUUCUUCUUCCCAUUUUUCUUCUAAUUCUUUCCAUUUCUUCUUUUUCUUCUUCUUCUUCUUCUUCUUCUUCUUCUUCUUCUUUCCAUUUCUUUUUCUUCUUUCAAUUUCUUCUUCUAAUUCUUUCCAUUUCUUCUUAUUCUUUUUCUUCUUCUUUCCAUUUUUUCUCCUUCUUUCCAUUUCUCUUCCUACUUCUUUUUAUUUCUUCUUUUUUCUCCUUCAUUCCAUUUCUUCUUCUUUCUAUUUCUUCUACUUCUCUCCAUUUCUUUUUUUCUUCUUCUUUCCACUUCUUCUUCUUCAUCUUUCCAUUUCUUUUUCUUCUUUCCAUUUCUUCUUCUUCUUCUUCUUCUUCUUCUUCUUCUUCUUCCAUUUCCUCUUUCCAUUUCUUCUUAUUCUUUCUAUUUCUUCUUCUUCUCUCCAUUUCUUCUUAUUCUUUCUAUUUCUUCUUCUUCUCUUCAUUUUUUCCUCUUUUUCUUCUUUCCAUUUUUUUCUUAUUCUUUGCAUUUCUUCUUCUUCUCCAUUUCUUCUUCUUCAUCUUCUUCUUGUUUUUUCUUCUUCCUUCCAUUUCUUUUUCUUCUUCUUCUUCUUCUUUUUUCUUCUUCUUCCUUCCAUUUCUUCUUCUUCUUCAUCAUCUUCUUCUUCCUUCCAUUUCUUUUCUUCUUCUUCUUCUUCUUCUUAUUCUUCUUCUUCUUUCCAUUUCUUCUUCUUCAUCUUUCCAUUUCUUCUUAUUCUCUCCAUUUCUUCUUCUUCUUCUUCUUUCCAUUUCUUCUUCUUCUUCUUUCCAUUUCUUCUUCUUCUUCUUCUUUCUUCUUCUUCUUCCUUCCAUUUCUUCUUCUUCUUCUUCUUCUUCUUCUUUAAACAGUUAUCUAUAUUUACAUUUCCUUUUUUAG